CCGCCCCGCCCCCGGGCUUGGCCACCUGCCCGGGAAACUUGUGGAUUGUUGCCCUCGGGUCGAUCCGGGGUGGGGACGCGGAACUGGGCCAUGGAAGAUACGUCAGGGGCUCGCGAGCCCCGCGCCCGACCGAGAGAGCGGGACCCAGACCGGCACUCCCGCCCGGACCGAGACCUCCACCCCGAGCGACAGCGGGACAGACACGGAAACCGGCGCAGGGAGAGAAACGGGGGCGAGCGCAGGGACGGGGACCGGGACAGGGGGAGGGACCGGGACCCCCGCCACGACAGACACAGGGUCGAAGACCUUCGCGCGGGUGAACAAAGAGUUUGGGAAAAGUCCCGCCAGAGCCGGACACGGGACGGACCCCGCAAGCCAACCUGGGACUCAGCCUCGCCCCCCUGGCCCGCGCCUUGGGAAACCACGGAGCCGUCGCUCCCGAGGAAGGAGCGCUUCGGGCACCGUGACCCGGCAAGUGAACUUACUUCAGGGAGAUACCUGCCCUCGAACCCCAGGUCUGGACAAGAGGGAGUGGAAUAUUACCAGUCAGAGGCUGAAGGACUCCUGGAAUGCCAUAAAUGCAAAUACUUGUGCACUGGGAGAGGUGUGGUACAGAUAGUGGAGGUGAUACUGAAUGGGAUGGUUCUCAUGUGUAUCGUGGCCUCCUACUUUGUCCUUGCUGGAUUCAGUGCCAGCUUCACCAGUGGCGGCGGCUUUGGGAACAACUAUUACUCACCCUUUGAGGGCACCGAGCUGGAGCAGGUUCGGCAGCUGGACCAGCAGUACACAGUCCUCCGGGCACCCCUGAUAUAUGGCGGUGUGGCUGUUUCUCUGGGGCUGGGUGUCCUUACUAUGGGCGUUUUACUCCAAGGAGCCAAAAGUCUAACCAAACUGUCGGCGAAGUGGCUCCUGCUGGAGGCCGCCUUCAGCCUCCUGGCGGCAGUGAGCUACAGCGUAGGCAUUGGCACUUACCUCCACGUAGCCUUGCGGAUCAAUGCCACAGACACUUGCGGAGCCAGAGCGCAGCUCUAUGCCCGCAAGGGUCUCACCUGGAUGAACUGCCAGCUGGCAGGCACUGAUGGAGCAGCAGCCACCUUUGCUUGUCUUCUGGUGGUUACGUACGGUGCCAGCGUAGUGCUGGCCCUGCGGAGCUACCGGGAACAGAAGCACUACAAAGACAGCCAAGCACAGAACAGAAAUUACAAUGACGCGCCUGAAUACCUGUGGUCAGGAACGCUCUGAGACUUCUUCUGGAACCUAAAUGGCAACCCACCUCCCUUGUUUCUCUCAAAAAGAUGUGUCCCUUAAAGUGGCACAUUACACAACUAUGGUCUUCACAUACUUGAUUUUACAAAUGUUCCCUCUGGUACCAGUGCAAAGCUAGAUGAUCAUUUCAUUUUUUUAAUCAGUAAGUCUUUGUUGGCUGAGAGCUUGAAAAAGAUGUCUCCACCUUUGCAACAAAGAGCAACAUUGUAAGUCUGGGGAUGCCUUUAUGGUGUGGCUCUCUUACCAGAUGGUAAGGUAAUCAUGAUAAUAGCUACACAGCCAGAAAAAUUCUGAGAGAUGAGAAUUACACAUCCGGGGUAGCAGGUCCAGUGUUACAGUAGAAAUAUCUUCCUGUCAUAACUACUUAAGGUCACCAAAAGAGACGUGCCAUUGCCCCCCGUAUUUGGUCCCAGGGGAAUGAUUUUAAAGCAGUUGGAUGAUUGAGUUCUAAAUGAGUAAUUACAUUCUGACUCUCUUAGAAGGAAGCCACUCUGUUGGUACAGCAGUGUGCCCUGACUGCCUGGGUCCAACGGAGCGUUCCUCCCUUACAGAUGAGAGCCAGGAUUCCUGAUGCAUGAAGGGAGACGCUUUGAGAAUGAAUGUUCCCCCUCAGGAUUCCUGCAUUAGGGCUGAGAAAAAAGGGUUUUUCUGCCAGCGUCCAAGUUACUUUUUUGUUGCAAGCCAUUCAAUUGGAUUUCACUUUCCUAAAAUAUCUUAUAAUUUUCUUAAAUAUGAGGCUUCCAGAUAGAAACAAAAUUCAUAAACUUCUUAAAUGUGUUAUUCAACUGGUAUCAAAAAUAAAAUGUAGUGAAUUUUAUCAGACUAGAAAGGCUUACUGGAGGCUUCUUCAUUUCUCCAUUCCCUGACAGUCCCCUCUAGAGGAGCCCUUCAAAGGUAGAUUGUAAUCACUCAGGACCCUGGAUUGUUUUCAGAAUGUAAUAGAUCAUUAACACUGACUAUUAAAAAUAAAGUUUUUCACUUAUUUUAAUCUAAA